AUGGUCGGUGAGCGUGUGGUCGCCAACGUUGAGGCUAUGCACCCAAUUCUUCUGGCGGCGAUAGGAGCAUUGAGUAUAUUUGCUGAUGGAGAAAUGUUACAGUUUGCUUGGAUAAAACUUCUUAGAAUAUUAGACUUAGAAGGUUCUGGGUUUGCCAGGAAUGGAGAUAUUAGAAAUAUAUGUAAACUGUUUCAGUUGGAAUAUCUCAGUCUCCGGAAUACAUAUGUCACUGAGCUUCCUGUGCAAAUAGGAAACCUCAAAAUGUUGGAGACACUUGAUGUCAGGGACACAGCCAUAAAGCAUUUGCCUCCACACAUUACCAAUCUGCCAAAUUUGUCAAACCUACUUGGAGGGAGAAGAGUUUAUAACUACAGUGGUUUGUCUCCCAUUUCCAAUUUUUGGGGAAUGCACAUCCCUAACAAGCUUGGCAAUUUGAAAAUGCUUACAACCCUUGCACAGAUAGAGAUCACAGACUCUACUUCCUGUUACAUAUCUGAAUUGGGGAAGCUUUCACAGUUGAGGAAGCUAGGGGUAAUGAUGUUUGUUCACGACGACAUGAACUGGAUGUACUUGAUCACCGCCAUUGCAAAACUGAGCAGUUGCCUUCAGUUGCUGCUGAUUUGGCGACCAGACGGAGUAAUGAAUUUCAGGAUUCUUGAUACACUAUCCAGGCCACCAAUGUUUCUAAAAAGCAUAAACUUCCGAGGUAAGUUGGGACGGCUACCAGAAUGGAUUGGUUUGCUGGCUAAUCUAACUGAGUUGACCCUUCGCGCCACUGAAUUGGAAUC